CUAAGAAUUGUUGGUCUCUAGCACAGCUGGCUAAACAUGCCGAAAGUCAGAGACUCGAAAAAAAAAAAAAAAAAGAGGUGGGAGGAAUUUUAAAUUUCUUAAGAAGUUCUGACAGCUGUAAUGACCCAGAGUGGAUUAGAAUAUGCAGCUGAAAGGUUGCCCUUGUGCUCCUUUUCAAAUCAAAUGUCAUAUUGACUCAAACCCAACAUUGGAAGCAUGCACCGAGCUGCAGCACAUCAGUCCUGUACAAUGUAUCCAUCAAACUGGAAGGAAACCCAAAACCAAACCACCACUGGCCAAAACUCAUCCUCUGCAAAAGCCCCAAGUACCUCCUAAGCCUGUCCACCUCCAGCCUGGACAGGAGAGAAUUCCUCCAGCACCAUCUCGACCUUUGCCAGCUGACCCCAAGUCAUCUAGGAACUUAGUGCUUGAAGAGGAAGAAACACAGAUAUCAGCAGGCGUCAAUACCCUCAUUGAAAAGUUUGAAAGUAUUCGGCAACCCAUACACAUUCUUCAAAGAAACCAAUUAAAUUUAACGCUUAGGAUGGAACCUGGAUUAGACUCCCCCAAACAACCAAGCUCAAAUGACUCUGACAUGGUAGCCUCCAGUGGUUGUUCUGCAAGUGAAAAAAGUGAGCCAGAUGAGAAUGAGCCAGACCUAAUAUGCAGUUCAGAUCUGUCUAACACAGACAUAAUGAAAAUUAAGGAACUAAGCAUAGGGGAUAACAAAAGCCAUGAAGACUGUACUGCUGUGAAUGUGAGCAAAGAGCCGUCUGGAGAACUUGGCAAUAAAGACUCAACCACAGAGCUGAAUGGUAAUGGUAAAAUUCCCAACAGAGACAGUGGAAUUGACAGCCCUUCUUGUAGUGUGGCAGGCGAGACUUUUCCAAAUGAAGAAGGCACAGAACAGAAGAAGUCUACUGCAUCUGGAAAUCCGAUUGAAAUGGAUACUGACAAAAAAGGUAGCAAAUGUUCACCUGUGGAGCAGAAGAGAGACUCAACACAGGAUGAAGACAGUGACAUGGAUGAUGGAAGUAGCGAGGAACAAGAGACAGCAGAAGUGCCAAAGUUAGAAUAUUUGGAUGUAAACAAGUGUACAGAGCCACAAAAGCUGUUCAACAUUGCAAAUGAACUGCUUCACACAGAAGAAGCAUAUGUUAGAAGACUGCAUCUCUUGGACCAGGUUUUCUGCACUCAGUUGUCUGAAGCAGGCAUUCAGUCUGAUGUGAUAACUGGCAUCUUUUCAAAUAUUUCUUCCAUCUAUUGCUUCCAUGGACAGUUUCUCUUGCCUGAGCUGAAAACAAGAAUUACAGAAGAGUGGAACAUAAAUCCACGGCUAGGAGAUAUAUUUCAAAAACUGGCUCCAUUUUUGAAGAUGUAUGGAGAAUAUGUAAAGAACUUUGACAGAGCACUGGACCUGGUGAAUACGUGGAUGCAGAGAUCAUCUUCGUUUAAAGAUGUCGUUCAAAAUGUACAGAAACAGGAGGUGUGUGGAAACCUGACACUGCAACAUCAUAUGCUUGAACCAGUGCAGAGAAUUCCUCGCUAUGAGCUUCUUCUCAAGGAUUAUCUAAAGAAACUACCAGAAGAGUCACCAGACAGGAAAGAUGCUGAAAAAUCGCUGGAGCUCAUUUCCACAGCAGCAAACCAUUCAAAUGCAGCCAUCCGAAAGAUGGAAAAGAUGAACAAGCUUUUAGAAGUAUAUGAACGACUUGGAGGUGAGGAGGAUAUUGUUAACCCAGCCAACGAACUCAUUAAAGAAGGACAUAUCCAGAAACUCUCAGCAAAGAAUGGCACAGCUCAAGAUAGGUACUUGUUUCUGUUCAACAGCAUGGUAUUAUACUGUGUGCCAAAACUGAGGCUGAUAGGCCAGAAGUUCAGUGUUCGAGAGAAGAUGGACAUUGCAGGCUUGCAGGUCCAAGAAAUUGUCAAGCAAAAUGCCUCUCAUACAUUUUCAAUAACAGGAAAAAAGAGAUCACUGGAACUACAAGCUAGGACAGAAGAUGAGAAGAGAGAAUGGAUUCAGGUAAUUCAAGCAACAAUUGAAAAACAUAAACAGAACAGUGAAACAUUUAGAGCUUUUAAUAGCUCUUUUUCUCAAGAAGAUGAGCACUUUCCUGACUCAUCAAUAGCAAGCACCAGCUCUGUGGAGUCUAUGCCAGGAGCAGAUGGCUGCAGUGCAUUUGGAGGGGCUGAUCCUUGCAGAAAAUCAUCCAAAUCCAAGCGAGACAAGGAAAAGCAAGCUUGCAAAAGCUGCAACGAGAGCUUCAACUCCAUCACCAAGAGGCGGCACCAUUGCAAACAGUGUGGGGCAGUUAUCUGUGCCAAAUGUUCUGAAUUUAAGCCACUUGCAGAUAACAGCCGUCACAAUCGGGUGUGCAAAGACUGUUUUCAAAUACUGUCAGCAGCCCCAAGCAGCCCUGGAGCUGAAGCUGUGGGAGAACAGAAGAAAAAAAUAGCUACUGAGAAGCAGAGCAUUUUGGCAGCAGAAAACAGCCUUUUCAGCAGCUACCUCCAGUUCCUAGACAAAGGGAAGACUUGGUCCAAAGUGUUGGUCACCAUCCCCAAGACUGAACCCCUCGUCUUAUACCUGCAAGGUGUCAGUCAGGAUGGGCGGAGUCUUCGUGCCAUACCCCUGCCUGGUUAUGAAGUCAGUUUACCAAGUUCUGGUGAGAAGUUUGAAGCAAAACACAUUUUAAAGCUUUACCAAUCCCAACAAACUCUAUAUUUCAGUGCAGAGGAUGAAGAACUGCAAAUGAAAUGGAUGGAAAUUCUCACCAAAGCAGCUAAAGGGGAGACUGAAGAUCUAACUGAAGGAAUCAGUAACCCAUAGAGCAAAUUCCAUUUAGUUUCUUUAACUCAUGCUAUAUACCGUCACUUGAAUUCGGUGUUCAUGGCACUUUGGAAUCUGUAUGGCUUUAUAUUUUCAUGCGUCUGCGUAGCAAUUUCAGCGGUUUCUCUCUCCUUUUUCUUUUUGUACAUUUAUCACGUGCAGUACUAGCUAUCUGACAUAUAUUACAUUAAAGGAAAAAGUAGUAGUAGUUGUUGACUGUGUUUAUGCUGGUUUUAAAUCGGAAGAUAAGGAAGAAAGCAUUAACUUUAUCAAAGGUAAUGGAAGACCAACAGUCUCUUGUUUUCCUAAAUGUAUAUUUUUCAGUCCUUUCAAUUGCUGUUCAGUGCAGGGUGUGUAUAGUCUGUGAUUAGGUAUAUAAAUGCUGCCUUUAAGUUAAAUGUUGUAAAGGCUUGUGGCUGGCCACUGACAUUCUGUUCUCUGUCCUUCCCCUUCUGAUAAGAAUGGUCUUUGUGAAGUGUGAACAAUGUACUGAACCUUUUCUUUUACUAAGCUGUUUGUCUCUACUAUUUUGAGAUGACCCAUUCACAAGAUGUAUACUGUAGAAGAGACUUUUAAUAAUUACUGCAAACCAUGCAGAAGAGAACAUUAAGAAGCCUCAUAAAUAUUAAGCUUUUAUAUAUUGUUUUGUUUUCUUUUGAAACCAACACUUUUUUAUUUCUUUUAUGAACCCAUUUUAAUGUAAGUGAACCAACAUUUUAUACUGCAACCCGGGAUGUAACCAAUAAACAAGAACAUUUUUAGUAUACACAGUACAAAAAGGUGACUUUUUUGUUGUAUUGGUUAACUUUUUUAAGUAAUCUAGGAUUUAUUUAUAUAAUUUGUAAAUAAUGUUACAUAAGUAUUUUAAGAAGUUUUAAAAGAUUUGAGCUAAUAACAGGGUUUAGUGCAUAGGAUGAUACGAGAUAUUUGUAUGAAUUGAAUUUGUAAUUUAAUUUCCUUGUUCACCUGUAUUUGUCUUUUUCAAACCUUAAGUGCUUAUCUAUUUAAAUAAAAUCCGUACAUUACU